UUGUUUCUGCGUCUUCUAGUGAGUUCUCAUAAGGACUUAUACUAUCUAUGUAUUUAUUUUGAAAAUACGAAAUAAAUGAAUUUGUUAUUUCAGCAUUAAAAAUUAAAAUGGCUGAAAGUAUAGAUCAAGUUUCUCCAAUGAGUGACCCAAAAGACUUGUUAAACGAUACGAACAAACGCCAAGGCGAUAUUGAUUUGGAUGAAGAAAUUUCGGCGAGAAUGACUGCGUCUUAUAGUGAAAUAUCUUUUCACUCUGACCAAGGACAACCAGAUGAACAGGAAAGAGUUGCAGGCCCUUCUAGACCUUAUGAUUUACCAUCAGAAAAUAGGAAACAAGAAAAGAUGCCGUUAGAUAUUGAUGGGCAUGUGAGAUAUGAAGGAGAUAUGACACAUUAUGUAGCCGAUGAUUUAGAAUUCAAAAUAAAAUUAUCCAGUCCUAUAGCAAAAAGAGGUGAAACCCCAGUAUUUGGGAGUUCCAGUGCCUCUCGUUCUAGUACACCUUCAGGAAAAUUGUAUAAGCAGAUAUUAGCUCCCCAAAUAGGUCAAAUAGACAUAACAGUAUUACAUGACCUGGAGUAUGAAGCUCAGAGGAUUGCACAAUCAGUAGACAAUUUAAUUGAAAACCUGUCUAGUAUACUGCAUUCUAAUUCAUCAUUGACUGCAGAAAACAUGGAAGUGUAUAAAGAUGCUGUGGGAAAAACCUGUGAUGCAAUGGAUAAUAACAUAAAGAGUAUGUACACAAUACUAGCUAAAGGUGAAGAGGUGUCACAAGCUAUGAUUCCCGUGCAAGCACAAGCAGCCAGGAUAGCGGAAAUAAAGAGACUUCUACAACUGUUUGAAGAUAAAUUCUAGUUUAAACCAG